AUGUUGGGCACGAACCUGACAGCGGCUGUCGCGGCCAUUGCUCUAAUAGGCGGCUCUGCUUGGAUGCAGUCAAAUCACAAGACCCAGCUUGAUGCACACUGGAAAUAUCCAGGUCCCAAGCACCUCACCGGCAAGGAACAGCACCGUCGUGCUUUGGGACAUGUCAUGAUCCAUGUGCUGAUGCCUCGCCUGAGUCUCAUAGCCACUCUUGGCAUCUUGCUCGCGUCCAUUCUGAAGGAGGAUGGGCCAUCAUUUCUUCUCGAUCCGUCCUUUUGGGUAGCACUGGCUGCCCAAGUCACCUUCUUCUUUGCUGCCGGAUGUGCUGGCGAACCUACAGGGCAACUGCUGGACUUGAUGGCAUUCGUCUCAUACUUCUUCCAAGUCCUCUUGAUGUCACUGCCGGGAUUUCUGCUGAACCAGCCGGCCCAGACAUAUCGGUUCUUGCUGCAACUGGCUGGGACCUUGUUCCUGCUCGAUGAGCAGCGCGCUGCAAUCCUGGCUUUCUCCACCUAUACUGUGCCCCUCCUCCUGGCAGUGGCGUCCGGAUCGAGCACAGAGCUGUUUCUGAAUACCAUUUGGGCAGAUGUUUUGCUGACGCUGGGCCUUCUGUUGCUGCUCAGCACGAUCAGCGGUGCACUACAGCUGAACUCUGGCCCUGUUCUCGCUGACCCUUCGCUGCGUGACGAGCUGGCACUGGCGGAAGCCCGCAGAAGCAUCAUGGCCGUCAUUACGGAUGGAGAAAUGGUCUUGAAGGAUGACAAGAUUAUGCAAGCUGGGCAGCGUACCCGCCAUUACCUUGAGGGCCUCCUCGGAAAGAAUGAGGUGGAAGUGGGAGGCCUUCUGCUACAGGAUCUCCUGCAUCCCAUGGAGGUACGUCAAGUUCCCUCGAUUUGCCCCAGCCUGAAAGAUAACAGCAGUCCGGCAUCGAGUUUUCAUGUCCGGCUUCGGGAUGGUCGCCAAGCUCAGCUCUACACUUGCGCCAUUCAAACGACUGGCGACUCUGAUGUGCGAUGGCUUGCCUGCAUACGCGAUGACGGGUUUGAGGUGACCGGAGCAGCCCCGGGAAGUUCUCCAAAUCCGGGUCAAGCAGAAUCCAUCUCAGACUUCGGGGACUCGCGCCCUCCUUCCGAGCCUUCGGCAUCAGGCACAGUCACAUUGGCGAGCCAGCGGCAAGAGCUGGCGCUACCAGAACUUGAGAGCAUCGGCUUCACGUUGGACAUCUAUGCUGAGGAGCUGACGAUGUUGCAGGUGAAACUCAACUUCAACAUCUCUGACCUUGCGCACAUCGAUACAGGUCGCUUGCCCACCAUGAAGAGAUGGCUGGUCCAGAAGUCUGUGGACAGCUUCCGCGAGUGGUUGAUUGAUCAAGUGCAAGCAGACCUGGCCGGAGCUCCCACGGUGGCAUUUCCCGGCUCCUUUGAGCUCCAUUGCCCGGGCAGCAACGGUGGCACGCUGCGGGCAAGUGACGUGGCAGUCACCAAGAUGCACGCGACCAGCGAUGUGGCGCAGGCAUCUGCAACACCACAAGAAGCCGAGCAACCGAAGGCGGCAGGAGCUUCUCCACAUGAAAGCCCAAGGAUGGAAGCCCAGAGACCCGCUGAGACAGGCGCAGCGACUACGUCUGGGGAAGCUGGAGUAGAAGCAUACAAGCAGGAUUUGGAUUGUUUUCUGGUCCACAUUGAGUGCAAGAACAUCACGCAGUGUGCUCCGGAACUGAGAAGGAGAAGCAAAUCCAGGAGGUCACGGCAGACCAGUCAGAGCAGCCAAGUGAAGGUGCUCGACACGGAGGUGUUUUCCCAGCGUGAGGAGAAGUCUCGCCUGUGGACUCAGCUAGAAACCGAGAUCCAGCGGCUUGAGAAAGAUGCUGUAGCUGCAGGGGAACCGUUUCUGUGCAAGGGGCGAUUCAUGGCUACGUUGACGGAGAAGAAAGAUGCUAUGGCUAUGGAUGACACACCUCGGAGGUGGCAACUUGAUGGCUCGGAGUCUCAGAUGGAAAAAGUCCUGUUCAAAGCAGACGAGGACACGGCUUCAGAAUACCUGAAGGACCUGAUCAGCUCUGUCGGCCUAAAGGAUGCCUGGGGUGAGAUGGCCAAGAGGUUCCGUUCCGUGCAAGCGCAGCAUGCCCAGCUCAUGUCCCUGGCAAGCCGAGAUGCUUUGAAUCGGGAUUUUGUAACAAGGCCGGAGUUCAGGCUCACAGUGCAGGAGGAGCACUACCGGAAGCUGCAGGACCACACGAAACGUCUGGCAGAUCUGGAGCAAAAAGUGCAAGAAGAGCAGGCAAAGAGGUUGGAGCUUACGGAGGCCUUGCAAGAAUGCGCAGAGAGAACCGACCAGGAGCUCAAGACCUUGAAGCCAGAGGUUACCAAAGCCCAUGCCUGGCUCCGGACGCUGGAUCAAAGGUGCCAGGAGCAGAACACGGCAAACCUGAAAGCCUUUGAGGAUUUGCAGGAGCAGCUCAACAGCCGUGAGAAGAAGCUUCGAGAAGAGGCAACGAAGCUUUCGAAAGCCCUCGAGGCCGAGGUUGUGGAACGCAAGGUUUUGGGCAUCGAAGUCAAGAAACAGAAAGAGUUCCUGGCAGGAGAAGCAUUCCAAAAGCACAUGGAGGAUACCUGUAACAAAGCACUGGCGAACUAUGUUCACAGGGAUGUGAUGAUGUCAGAGGUUCAGAGCUCCACGGAACACAUGUGUCAGCCUCUACAUGUUCUCAUACGCAAGCUGGAGAAGACUGUGCAGACCUUGGCCCAAGAGCUGCGAAUGAAGGAUGCGUACCUGGAGCAAUGCCUUGAGAACGAAGCUGCCAAGCUGUCUCACAAGGACGAGCUCCUGAACGAGCGUAUAGACGCCGUGGUGGACGAGCUGCCUGAGAAGGCUACCGUCGUGUCCGUGGACGAUGUGAAAGGCAAGCUCUUGUUUCAUGUGGACAACCUGGAAUCGCUGCACACGCGAUUGCAGAAAGAGGCCACGCACAAGCUCCAGGAGGUGGUCACCCGCGUCUCUGAGUUCCAAGUGAUCCUCCAGGACCAUGAGCAUGCGCUGCAGCAUGCUGCCGAGGAGAUCCUCCAUCGUGGGACCAAGUACGAUGUAGCGGUAUUGACCGAGCGAGUGGAUCGUUGUGCUGGCAAAGACAAGAUGGAGGGUGACCUGAAAGAGAUCCGUGACACAUUGACAUGGCAGAGCACCAAGAUCGAGUCCAUGCAGUUCCAGAACGGACUGGGUGGUGGCGGCGGUCUCGGCAUCCAUCGGAGCGGCAGCCGAGCCAGAUCUAUCAUUGCUCGCAGUGUUCUUGGUGGCAAGCUCAGUCGCAGCAGCUCCAUGGCCAGCGACCUCCCCGUCACAAGCAGCUUGAGCUGGAAGCAGACGUCCACGGCGGCACCUAUCUCCGCUGAAGGCAGCACUGUGAAGUUCUCGGAGGAGGACAGCAAGGAUGACGACGCCCAGGACUCCACGCUGAAGAUAUCCAUUCCGAAGGUCCCAUUUGCAGAGCGCAUCGAGGAAGAGUCUUUGCCUGGUGAUGUGGCCAGCGUUGCAGCAGGUUCUGAGCCUGGAGGCGAUGAAGUCGCCGACGCCGACGACACCCGCAAUGAUCCGAUGCGCGACCUUUUGGGCUUAAAUGCCGGGAUAGAUACCAUGGGGUUGGAGGAGCACCUGGUGGAUCAGGAGCAGCAGCUUCAAAACCUGCAGGAACAGCUGGCGGACCUGAUGCAGGGCUCUGCCCUCGGGGCUUCUACAUUGACGGAGCUCUUGCAGCAGCAGCUCGAGUGCCUGGCACAAGGUGUGUUUUGCUUAGGCAAGAUCUGCCUGAGACCCCACAGGGGCGGCCCUGCCACAAGCACCGUCUUGCGGCACGACAACACAGUGGAAGUGCUUGGUCAUUUACGCUCAGUCAUGCAUUGGAUCACGCACCGGCAGCGGCCAUCUGAAUGGGAGCCCACAGCCCUCGCGACCAUUGCGCUGCAGUCUACCCACAUCCCGGACCACGACGUCACCUACAGCCCUCCACGCCCUGCAAGGGUGAAGGAAAGCCAGCCCAUGCCUUCAUUGCGACGUGGCAAAGCGACUCCGCGGGAGGUGAGCCCAGGGGAGCGCCGGCCGUUCGCAUCGGGUGGCCCCGGUUGGCGUCAGCGCGGCCUACCCGCCAACUGCAGCUAUGACGAUGUGAAGAGGCCAAGCACUACCGGAGCCAUCAUGGUUGCUUCCAAGCCGAUGGAUGGUCGGUCUCUGGUAGUUACACCUGGUGUAUGCGUGACAAGCGCCGCCGGACAUACAGAUGCAGAAGCUUACGAAAGACCAUCACGGGACCACUCCGUCGACGACGUUGUCUCACUGCCUCCUCUUCCGGAGUCCAACCAUUCCAAUGAUUCGGCCGUCUCAGCUAAAUCUCGUGAAAGUCGGCGUCGUCCUGGCAUGUAG